UAAAAAGCCACGCCCUUUCUUCUUUUUCUUUCUUUUUUUCUCUUUCGUCUCAUUAUUCAAUGUCUUCAUAGUCAUGGGGAACAAUUCUAGUACAUCUCUAACUUCAACUCAAGUUAGUAUGGCUGAUUUCCAAACAUAUCAAGAUAUUGGAAAAGGUGCUUUUGGCAAGGUUUGCGUUGUCAAGCAUAUACAACGACAAGAACAUUAUGCCUUGAAAAUUAUAUCUAAAAGUCAUUGUAUCAAAACAAACAAGAGUCGACAUGUUGUACGUGAACGUAUGCUCCUGGAACAAUUGGAUCAUCCUUUAUUAAUCAAUUUACGUUAUGCUUUUCAAGAUGAACAUUAUCUCUAUAUGGCGAUGGAUUUGAUGCUUGGUGGAGAUUUACGCCAUUAUCUUACUCGCAAUGGACCGGCUUCUGAAGAAUUGACUCGAUUCUGGAUGACUGAAAUGAUUUGUGCCAUCAAAUACCUUCAUUCAAAAGAAAUCAUGCAUCGUGAUAUCAAACCAGAAAACAUUCUACUUGAUAUGAAGGGUCAUGUACAUCUUACCGACUUUAAUAUUGCAACUCGAAUUCGACAUACUACUGAUCGUUUACUUACUUCGCCUUCGGGAACCUUGGCUUAUUUUGCUCCAGAAUUGGUGAAGGGUUACGGAUAUACCGAAGAUGUGGAUUGGUGGUGUCUUGGGCUUACAUUUUAUGAAUGUAUUUUUGGAAAGCGACCUUGGCGUGAAUACGAAGGAAAGGAAGAUAUAUUGAAUCAAAUCGUACGAGGAUAUAUUCCAUAUCCUAUGCAGGAAAACAAUACUAUAUCUGGAGACUGUCUCUCUUCGUUACAAGGGUUCCUAGAGAUAGAUCCAAUAUACAGACUAGGGCAUGGUGAAAAUGGAUGGAAGAGAAUUUUACAUCAUCCUUUCUUUAGCAAUACUCCAUGGCAACAAAUCAACACAAAAAAUGGUAUCCCACCACCAUCAUUCAAUACCCAACAUAUAUCAGACUCCAUUUUACCUGGAAAUACUGGAACAAUCACCAAAAACUUAAACUCACUCCAUUUAUCUACUAUCAUCUCAUCAUCUCCAACCAUGCCAGCAUUAUCAAAACAUACCAAUUCAAUUCCCAGUGUACCCUCAAUGCAUGAAAAAACCAAUAACAAUUUUAACAACGAUGACAAGAAUGGAAAUGAAGGCUGGUUAAAAGCUAUCUAUGACUUUAUAUUGCCACCCUCAGAAUCAAAAGACGAAGAACAACAAGCAUAUCAAGAAAUCCUUGCAGAUAGGCGAUCUUCUCAACGAUUGGAAGAAUUGGAAUCUUCAUUUACAUUUUUUGAUUGGACUAUUUAUGAUGAAUAUCAAGGUUUUAUGAAUAAGGAAACUUUGUCUGUUGGAUCACCACCACCUUGGGUUAAACCUGCUUUUACCGAUGCCGACAAUGGUCGUAUUUUACCCGUGGCCAGUAUUUCAACAACUUAUGAACAACAACAACAACAACAGUAUAGUACAAUGACAGAUGAUGAUUUACUGGUGACGCCUCCUACAACACCUACUACCGAUUCUUUUCCUCAUAUUGUAUCAACAUCUUAUCAUGAGUCGCCAUAUGAUCAUCAUCAACCAUUAUCGACAUCAAAAUUGCAUUUAUCACAACAACAACAACAACAAAAGAAACAACGAAGAAAGUCUGGAACCAAAUACUUCAAUGAACGACGAGAAUGGGAACGUAGAAAAAGUUUGGGAACUACUUGCAAGAAUAUUCAUGUUGCUUAACUCUAUAUCAUGAUAUACGUAGUAUAGUUAGUCUUGAUUUUUUUUUUUUUUAUUUGAUGUUACAAUAAAAGGUAUUUUGUUUUAUUAUUAUUAUUAUUA